AUGGGUUCGACCGAGUCCAAAGUGGUCGGCACUCGCAUGACCCAGUCCAAGCUCGCCAACAUCAACCUGCCGAACAAGUUUGGCCUUUGGUACAAGGGCAAGGCGCAUAUCAGGCUCAUCAUCGGCGCGGACAAAAACAGCACAACACAUCUCAUCACCCUCCCUGAUGGCUGGCACGGAGAUCUCAUCUUCUACAACGGGCCUACAAACGAAUCAGACCCGAUGGCCGUGGUGACGUACGGGAGCAAGAUGGGCUGGCACGACAAGAUCCGCCUCGCGGCGCAGCCCGGGCGAGCACCGAUCGAGGAGGAGGUUCGCGUCCGAGGCAACGGCUGGUCGAUGAUCUACGCCUUUACCGUCGCCAUCGACAGCACCUCGCUGCCCGAGAGAUUCGAAUGGCGCAGCAGCAGGAGCGACGAGGUCAAGGAGCUUGGCGAGGGCUCCCAUGGCUACAAGCUGGUGCGGCUUGGACCUGAGGAGGAGAUUGUCGCCAUCGCAGGCAAUGCGAAGUGGACCAAGUCGUGGACCAAGGCGGGCGCGUUCCAAUUCAGAGGACGAGGCGCGACUGGGGAGCUCGGAGAGGCGUGGGCCAUCAUGGCCGUGGUGUCGUUUGUGAGGAUUGUGCAGCGGAACAUGCAGGCUGCCGUUGCGGCGAGCGCGGCGGCUUGA